UUUUGGCCUCUCCUACUUACCGUUACCAACGCCCUCUUAGUAGCCACUACCCUACCACUCUAUUCCUUUCUUCACUUCUUCCUUCCUUUCUUACCAGCAGUGAACUACCCCUGAACCUCAACUGAAAAUCUAAUGCCCUUUUCAACUGAAAAAUACCUUUGUUUCCAGCAUUCUUGAUUUUUCUUUACGGUAUUUGACUGAACCAUUUAUAUUCUGUUUGCUUUUCUUGAAUUCCUUGUUAUCACCUGAAUUUGAGUCUUAUUUUUGGGCAAUUCUUAAACCCUCUACAAAGGAAAGGACAUGGCGGCAUUGGCACCAGGAAUUCUAUUGAAGCUUCUCAAUGGGAUGAGUACAGGGACAAAACCCACGAGUGAGCACCGAAGCUCGCUUCUGCAGGUGACUGAUAUAGUCCCAGCUGAUCUUGACGAGAAAAAUCUGUGGCCUAAACACGGAUUCUACAUUAAGGUCUCUGAUUCUUCUCACUCAAUCUAUGUCAGUCUUCCCUCUUACCAAGAUGACUUUGUUCUCAGCGACAAAAUGCAGCUAGGCCAGUUUAUUUAUGUCGAUAAAUUGGAGCCAGGAUCUCCGGUUCCAGUUGUUAAAGGCGCAAAGCCACUUCCCGGGAGACACCCGUUUGUGGGCACACCAGAACCAUUAAUGGGUCUUAGAGAAAAAGGGGAGAGAGGCGAACAAAACCCAAAUUCAAAGACUUCAGGUCACAGGAGAGGUUCUUGGGGAACAGGGAAAAAUGGGGAAAGUGGGGUUUCGUCACCGAUGGUUUUGAAGCCAGUUCCUCUGGAUUUUGAUCAGUGCACACCGGUGAAACAGCGGACAAGUUGUGGGAAACCCGCUUCUCCAAUGAUAAGAGCGAGAAUGGGCAAAGAUGGAAGUGCAAGUGGGGGAAUUAGGUGUUCAUUUGGCGGUGGUCUGCUUGCUAAAAUGGUGGAUGCGAAUGGAGAGAGUCCUUCAUUACUUAGAAAAAGUUGCGCUGUAACUUCAGCAUCGAAGUUUCCAAGAAGCAAAAGCGUCUGUGAACGAGAGGCAAAGAUCCCAGUUAGCCCCUUCAACUCAUCUGAAAAUAAAUGUUCUCCACCACCACGUUUAAGGAAUGGAAAGGGGGUGGCUUCCCUCAAAAUGGGUGGAGAUUCACACAACUCUUACAACUCAAAGCCUGCCCCAGAGCCACAGUCCCAGUCCAGUAAUUCUGCUUGUGAUAGCACCAAUCUAUCCCUCUGUUUGCCAGGAAAGUUAAGCAUACUUGGCAAGGGAGCCGUGCAGCAGCGAGAAACAGCCCAAAAGGCAGCCCUACAGGCCCUGAGAGAUGCUUCAGCUACAGAAACUUUGGUCCGAUCUAUCAAGAUGUUAUCCAACUUGUGCAAAUCUGCUAGACCAGACGCUCCAGCGGCCUGUUUUGAUAAGUUUCUGGAAUUCCAUCACCAAAUUGUGCAAGCAAUUACUGGUAUGAUGUCCAUUCAAGCAGCUACUUCAGCUGCUGAAAUUGCUCAAAACCACAAAGUUGUACAAAAAAAUAAAAAGCCUGAGGAGGAGUUCCCAAUCUUACACGAAAUUAUACACAAUUCUAUAGACCAAUCCAAGAACUCAGAAUUAAAUUCAUCCAAAAGAAAAGCAGCACUGUACAAAUCAAUUGCUGCCUUUCCUGAAAGAAAUGAACAGAAGACAAUUUUCGGAAAAGUCCUACGAUCAAAUCCCAACCAAAAGGUCUCUUCAGAAAGAAAAGGUCCAUCCACUCCGCUUGGAAAACUUACCCUUGAAACUAUCUGUGAGAAUGACGAAAACAAGACGCCGACCUUGUGCAGUUUAAGCAAUACAAUUAGAUUGGGUAAGCAGAUUGAAACUGAAGCCGGAAAUUGGUUUAUGGAGUUCUUAGAAAAAGCUUUGGAAAAUGGUAUGAAGCAAUCUAAAGGCACUGUAGAUGGGGAUGCUAAUAAAGUUCCUCAAUCUCUUGUACUCAAAGUAAUAAAUUGGGUGGAGGUAGAACAGUGUGAUAGCAGUAAGCGGCCAGUUCAUCCCAAGGCAGCACAGGUAGCCAGAAAGCUGAGGAUCAAGAUGAAGAACCCUUGAAAAAUACUUCUUACCUUAUGAUCAUUGUUGUGUUCCAAUUGUUUGGGAAUGAUGUUGCAUCUAUUGCAGUUAAAUUUGCACGCAUAAGAGUUCUAUUUCAUAUUAUGUGUAAACACCAUAUUUUGGCCGACCUUUGAAGGCAAGGUUCUUUUAAAAUUAAAACUUUAUUAUCCGUUCUC